GGGAGUGUUUUGUUUGCUCCGUCUGUUUCCAUGUUCUUACAGAGAGUCAGGAUUGUUUUUAGUGAAAUCUCUGUUUAGUUUCUCUCUAAAUGGCGCUGGAGGAUGAGCUGUCGUGUCCCGUGUGCACUGAUGUCUUCAGAGACCCGGUGUUACUGAGCUGUGGACACAGUUUCUGCAGACAGUGUAUUAAUGAUCACUGGACCUCCAGCAGCUCCAGAAACUGUCCCGUCUGUAGACAGCUGUCCCCGCAGGAGCCAGUGUCCAACCUGUGCUUGAGGAACACCUGUGAGACUUACCUGAGAGAGCAAAGCACGAGGAAAGAGAGGGAUGAAGAACACGAGUGUCCGAUACACGGAGAGAAAAUCGAGCUGUUCUGUCAAACAGAUGAAGAGGUUAUAUGUGCAGUGUGUAAGAAACAGGAGCAUGCGAGACACAAAAUACAGCCGCUGCAACAGACUCUGCAACAACGCAAGGCGAAGCUGAAAGCAGCUCUUCGUUCAGCUGAGAAGUCAUUGGUCUCAUUACAAAAAGGGACAGCACGAGAUCCCAAAAUCUCUAGGUACAUUCAGUUUCAAGCUCAGCAUACAGAGAGGAAAAUCAGGAUGGAGUUUGAGACGCUGCAUCAGUUCCUCAGAAAGGAGGAGGAGGGCAGGAUAACGGCUCUAAAUGAAGAAGAGAAGGAAAAGAGAGCGAAGAUGGAAAGAAGAAUACAAGGAGAAAUGCUGUCUCUCUCUGACAGAGUCAAAGAACUGAAAGAAGGAAUUCAGGAUGAUGACAUCACCUUCCUGCAGAAUUAUCACAGAAUUAUGGACAGGUCUGACCACACACUCCCAGAUCAGGAGCUGAGUUCAGAAGCUCUCAUCGAUGUUUCCACACAUCUGGGGAACUUGAAGUACCAAGUGUGGGAAAAGAUGAAGGACAUCUGCCCUUACUACCCUGUGAUCCUGAACCCAAGCGCUGCUCCACCAGACAUCUCUGUGUCCGAUGACCUGACCUCUGUGACCUCAUGUUUUCAUCGGCAGGACGAGGGGAACCCUCUUCCCCUGCACAGUAACCGUAUGGUGCUGGCCAGCGUGGGGUACGCUGAUGCAGCUCACGCGUGGGACGUUGAGGUGGGAGACAGUCACCGCUGGAGUCUUGGAGUGUGUUUCGGAUUGGAGGGUAAACCUGCUACACAACCUUUGACCCCUGAAAAUGGCUUCUGGGGUCUCAGACGCGAUGGAGACUCGUACGAAUUGAUGGCCGCUGGGAUGUCGAGAGUAAACAUGGAGGUAAAUGUAAAGGUAGUGAGAGUGAAGAUAGUGUACUGUCAUGAGUUUCUUCAAGACAUGAUGCAGCUGAAACGCUGGAGGAAGGUCAGCUUUUCUGAUGCUAGCAGCAAUUCAUUAAUUGCAGAAUUUGCUAGAGUGCCACUGAAGAAGAAACUCUUUCCCUUCGUGAUCCCAGAAGAUCAGGCCGUCCCGCUGCAUGUCGUCCCAGCUAACGUAACGCUAACUGUUGAACAGAAAAUACCGUUAAUAGAGAUACAUCGAUUCUCUUGUCUCCUUUUCUCUUUUUGUAUUUGUAUCGUGUUUAUAUUUAUGAGUCUGUUAGGAAAGAGUGACCGUCAAGGCAGAUGAGAAGUAAAAGGCUGUUUAAUUACCAUAAUGGUCUGUUAUAAUGGUUCAGUCAGCUAAAGCAGAUGAUCUAGCAUCACUGCACUAUCAUGUGAGUAUAAUGGAGCCCAUGUCCACGAUGAUAAUGCCAAGCACAGAUAUUUGCACUGCUCUGGUUUAUUAUUGUAGUAGAAUGAUUACAGAAACCCAGCAAUCCUUUAUAUCCUCCUCACAAUGUCCUGCAGUGUUGUUGUGAUGUAGCGUGUGACUCAUCUUUGCUUCUAGAAGCGCUCCUAUCCUGGUUUGUGUGUGUAAAUCCUGUUUGAACAGGUUUGCAAAGUCUUGUUCAAUUACAGUUCAGGGUAUUUCAUAAUCUUCUUCGGUUUUGUCGACUAUCCUAAACUUAUGACUUUUUCCCUUUUAUAUCACAUGUGCAUUUUGAUAUCUUAGAAAUGUGUGAUAUUUUUGUGACAUAUCCUAUAUUAGGUUUAGGAUAAAUAGCACUUACCGUACAUGUUACAUUAGUACAGGAGCAUGAUCUGUGAGUCCAGAUGUCAAACUAACAACAGACUCUGAUUGAUUGCUGCAGUAAGAGAUGCUGUCUGUGGAUGUUUAUAGGAACUACAGUUUCGGGGGGAUACUGAAUCUGUCAGUAACUUGUGACCAUUGUUAACUAUCUGUGGUUUUAUCACGCUGUAUCCUGCUAACUUUAACAGGAGAUAUUCACAUCUACUUUUUGCCCUUUCUGUUUCUGACAAAGUGAAAAUGUGUUAUUAAAGUAUGAAUAACAUCAUUUCCACAAAGGAUGCAAGUUACAGUGAAAUGAAAGAACAGGUAAUAACGUAAUGAGAGCACACUGGGCUAAUACGAUUUGGCAAUGGCAAUAACAUCAAAUCAAUAAAAAAACUAAUCAAAUCAGAGGUAGAGAUGCAGUUGUAGCCUAAACAGUUCAUUGGAGUAUCUAACAUUGUAAAUGGUCCACAGCGGCAUGCCUUCAGUGGACAGAUGCCAUGUUUGUGCCAUUAAUAAUGACUGGAAAAUCUGAUUAGAGAUUUUGAAUUCAACUCUCUUUGUUCUCCUCAUCUGUUUCAUUAUAU